GCUUGAUAGGGUUUCCAACUCUCCAUCGUUUAUAGGGUUUUAUCUCUCCGACGCUUCUUCUUCGAUUCAUUCGAUUGAGAAAUCGAAUUCGCUCUAUUCCAUUCUCCGAAGGUAGUGUCGAGCUUCAGGUUUAAUGGCCACAUUGCCGAUAAUUGGUGCUGGGUUAGCGGGGAGGGUCAUGAUGCCCUCUUUUGAUGGCCUUCGUCAAUCUCCAUCCGUUCUGCGAGUUUGUCCCAUGGUCACUGUCUGCAAUGCUGGUCUGAACCGGAGGAGCUUCCGAGGCCUUGUUGUCAAGGCUGCCACCACUGUAGCCCCUAAGUUUACGUCCGUUAAGCCUCUGGAUGAUCGGGUUCUAGUCAAGAUCAAGUCUUUUGAUGAGAAAACACCUGGAGGUGUAUUGCUUCCAACAACUGCUCAGAGUAAGCCUCAGGGAGGCGAGGUUGUAGCUGUUGGAGAUGGUAGAACUGUUGGCAACAAAAAAGUGGAGAUCAGUGUGCAGUCCGGAGCCCAGGUUGUAUACUCCAAGUUCGCUGGAACAGAGCUGGAAUUCAAUGGGGCUGACCAUAUAUUAUUAAAGGAGGAUGAUAUUGUUGGUAUUCUUGAUACUGAUGAUGUCAAAGAUCUCAAGCCUCUGGGCGACCGAGUCCUGAUCAAGAUCGUGGAAGCUGAAGAUAAAACUCCUGCUGGCGUGCUAUUGACAGGGGCCACCAAGGAAAAACCUCCCAUAGGCACAAUAGUUGCGGUUGGACCAGGUCCCUUAGAUGACGAGGGCAAGCGAAAGGCUCUCUCCGUCACCCCGGGCAACACUGUUUUGUACUCGAAGUUUGCCGGAACCGAGUUCAAGAGCGCUGAUGGUUCUGAUUACAUUGCUUUGAGAUCAUCUGAUGUAAUUGCUGUUCUGAGUUAAUGUGCUUCCGCGCCAUUUGAUUUUGAGCUGAGGAACUUUGACAACUUUGUUUUUGGUACUUGAACAUCACCAACUUUAUUGUGCUUUAAAGUUUAAAUUAUCAAUCUUAUGCUGGUUCUGAAAUUUUCCAACUUA